AUGGAGUUGGCGACGCUCAGGCGGGAGCUGGACGCUUGCCGGACCCGGGCCGAAGAAAUGGACCGGUCCAAGCACGCGUACAAGACGGAAAACGUGAGGCUGUCGCACAGGGUGUCGUACUUGGAGGAUCAGGUGUCGGAGCUGAUCAAGUGCCGGUCGUCGUCAGCGGCCUCGAACGGUGGCGGAGGCGGCAGCGGCGUGGUGUUUCAGAGGGGCGCCAACUCGGCGGUGAUGGUCCGGAGCAAGAGCCCCAAGCACGGCGUGUCGGCCAUACAGCAGUACAAACGAAAACAGGUGGUGUACGACGAUCGGCCCGCGGCGGUGAGGGCCCCGGAAGGGGGACCAGUGGUCAAGACCCGCAUCCGGACAGUGCCCCGACUGUACGGCAGUUCGGCAUCGGUCGAGUCUCUGGUGUCGUCGUCCGACGCCGUGGUGGCCGCCUGCAAAUCGUUCGACGACCUGCACGGCGUGACCGAGGGGCACGGCAAACGAAACAAGUAUCCGGCGGCUGGUGGCCGGAACAGCAGCAGGACUCGACACAUACGAGAGGCCCAGCAGACGUUGUUCCGGUUCCUCGACUCCGAGUCGUCCGGCGGAGGUGGCACUGCCCCGUACUUGCUUCAGCAGUGCGGCGGUGGCAGUCUGAGGUCGCUCGACUUGCAGGACACGGCGGCCGCCGACUCACACCGGUUGAAGAGCACCGAAUAUUACUCGCACCUGACCGCGGCCGGGGUGACCUCCUCGUCGGCCGCAGGGUCGCCGCGACCCAGCCGGUCGCUCAACUACGAUUCGGAACAGUCGGGCCGGCGGGCCCCUAUGCCGCCCAAAAAACCGUUGCGGCUGUCGCUGCAGCAGCGACAAAGUAACAGCAGUGCCGCGGCCGGUAAAAACGACGUCGAAAACACCGCAACGACGGUCAACGACAACGGCGGCGACAACGACAAUGUCGUCGUCAGACUUCGUCACGGACACAACCACCACAAUCACCAUCGUCGCCGCCGCAACGACGACGACGUCGACCUGUCGGCCAUAAACAACACCAUGUCGUGA